AAUCAUCCUGAUGUUGCCAAAUUAUAUAGCAAUCUAGGAGAUCUGUAUGAUAAACAAGGCAAGCAUAAAGAGAGUAUUUCUAUGUAUGAGAAAUCUCUCAAAAUUACAUUGUUAGUCUUUGGUUCCAAGCAUCCCGAUGUUGCCAAAUCAUAUAACAAUCUAGGAAGUGUGUAUGAUAAUCAAGGCAAGUAUGAAGAAGCUAUUUCUAUGUAUGAGAAAUCUCUCAAAAUAACAUUGUUAGUCUUCGGCCUUAAUCAUUCGGAUGUUGCCAAAUCAUAUAACAACAUGGGAGCUGCAUAUAGACAUCAAGGCAAGCAUGAAGAGGCUAUUUCUAUGUAUGAGAAGUCACUAAAAAUUAUAUUGUCAGUCUUUGACUGCAAUCAUCUCGACGUUGCAGUAUUAUACAACAAUCUGGGAAUUUUGUACUUAGAUCAAGGCAAGUAUGAAGAAGCUAUUCAUAUGUACGAGAAGUCUCUCAAAAUUAGAUUGUUAGCCCUUGAUCAUAAUCAUCCCGAUAUUGCUAAUUCGUAUAAUAACAUAGGAGAGGCAUAUAGACAUCAAGGCAAGCAUAAAGAGGCUAUUUCUAUGCAUGAGAAGUCACUCAAAAUUCAGUUAUUAGUCUUUGAUCAUAAUCAUCCCGAUAUUGCUGCAUCGUACAACUAUAUAGGAGAGGCAUAUAGACAUCAAGGCAAGCAUAAAGAGGCUAUUUCUAUGUAUGAGAAGUCACUCAAAAUUAAAUUGUCGCUCAUUGAUCACUAUCAUCCCGAUGAUGCUGCGUCAUACACAAUUUAUAAAAUAUGUAUUUAG